CGGAAAAAAGGGAACUUUUUUAUUUGACUGAUUUCGAUUUUCGAUUUCUCUGAGAAUCAAAUUCGAAAAUGGGUCUCAAGGGUUUUGCUGAAGGAGGAAUCGCUUCAAUUGUUGCGGGUUGUUCGACCCACCCGCUUGAUCUAAUCAAGGUCCGAAUGCAACUUCAAGGCGAAUCAGCUCCGAUUCAAACCAAUCUCCGACCAGCUCUUGCCUUUCAAACUUCGACCACCGUCAACGCGCCUCCUCUACGCGUUGGUGUAAUCGGAGUCGGAUCUCGUUUAAUCCGAGAAGAAGGCAUGCGUGCUCUGUUUUCCGGCGUCUCCGCCACCGUUCUUCGUCAAACUCUGUAUUCAACGACUCGUAUGGGUUUAUAUGAUAUCCUCAAAGGAAAAUGGACCGACCCAGAAACAAAAACGAUGCCUUUAACAAAAAAAAUCGGUGCCGGAGCCAUCGCCGGAGCAAUCGGAGCCGCCGUUGGGAAUCCUGCUGACGUGGCGAUGGUGAGAAUGCAAGCAGAUGGUCGUUUACCGUUGGCUGAGAGAAGAAACUACAAAAGCGUUUUAGACGCGAUCACGCAAAUGAUUCGCGGUGAAGGCGUUACGUCUUUGUGGAGAGGAUCGUCUUUAACGAUAAACAGAGCAAUGCUUGUGACGUCGUCGCAGUUAGCUUCGUAUGAUUCGGUUAAAGAGACGAUUUUGGAGAAAGGGUUGUUGCAAGAUGGGCUUGGGACUCAUGUGUUGGCUAGUUUCGCUGCUGGGUUUGUAGCGUCCGUUGCUUCGAAUCCGGUUGAUGUGAUUAAGACGAGAGUGAUGAAUAUGAAGGUGGUGGCGGGAGUUGCACCGCCGUAUAAAGGAGCGGUUGAUUGUGCUUUGAAAACGGUGAAAGCGGAAGGGAUUAUGGCUUUAUAUAAAGGAUUUGUCCCGACGGUUUCGAGACAAGCACCGUUCACGGUGGUUUUGUUUGUUACGCUUGAACAAGUUCGUAAGGUGUUUAAGGAUUAUGACUUUUGAAAAAACAAGAGUUGAAUUAUUGAAGAUGAAGAAGAUGAUGAUGGUGGCGACAAUAAGCUUUUUUUUUGUUAUAAUUUUCAUUUGAUUGAUCGAGUAGUUUUAAAUUGUUUUCCAUUUGUUCGAAUAGAUCUAUGAUAUGAAA